AUGACUUCAGCAGAACACUUUAUUAGUUUAAUCACUGUGGCAAGUGCCAAAAAGUUAGCUACCGCACUUGUCCUAUGUUUUAUCAUUUACCAUGGAUUGAUGCAUCUUAUUUAUGGUAGCGAUUCCUGUAAAUGGUUAUUAACGGAAGGAAGGUACAAAGGAGAUAAAGAAUGGCAGCCUUACGGCUGUAUGAUGCAUUAUUAUACCCAAACGGACAGCCGCAGAUGUAUGAGAUAUCUAGCUUUCAUGGGCCACCAUAAUCAUUUUGUAUUUAUCGGCGAUACCAGAUUAAGACAGUUAUACAAAUCUUUCAUAUCACAAUUCAUAGUCGAUGGGAAGGCAGAGUUAACAGAAUUACCAGAGAACUCUGAUUUAAACUUUAAUGAUGCACAACUUAGAUUGAAUGUACAAUUUUUAUGGAGGCCUCUGUUGGAUAAUUCUAUGAUGGAGGAUCUCAGGGGCUGGGUGAAAACCAAUGCACCUAGCUUAAUUAUUUCAGGCUGUGCAGCAAUGACGAUUCUUGCUAAUAACAAUAGCGACACUCAGUUGUAUUCCGAAUAUACUAUGGGAUUAGUGAGGCUUGUACAGCCAGUAGAUUCUCUAGCCAAAAAGAAUACGAAAUAUUUAUGGAUGCUACAGGAUCCUGUAUUGAAGGAAAGAUUACCUGCUCAGCUAUCAAGCAUUGAUAAUAGACAGAUCACUUUAUGUAACAAAGCGGCAGUAAAGAUACUAUCUCACAGUGAGGUUCACAUAUGGGAGAGUAGUAAACUCGUUGGUGCAGGCGUGUUGGAACAAAGUCCAGAUGGAUACUUGGCAAGUCCUCUGUCUUUGAGACACAAGGUUCAGAUAUUGUUAAACACUUAUUGCAAUGAUCAUAUGAAUUUCGACGAUGGUAGUUGUUGCAGUUACCCAGAACCAGCGACUACUUUGCAGCUAUUAAGUCUAUCCGCACUUGCUCUGUGUAUACUGAUCGGAGGAGGAAUGUGGUUAUAUAGAAAAUUUUGUCAUUACCGAGCCGAAGUUUCUUACUUGCGCGUUACUACUAUCGAAAUAGAAAAUACGGAAGAGGCGACAAAUACAGAAACCACCCAAGUGAUUGAACAGCCCGAAGUGCAAGAUUUUUAUACACUAAUAACAUCGUUGGCUCUUCUGUCGAUCAUUUUAGCAUAUUUUUAUCUGUGCGACAGGACAAAUUUUUUCAUGAAGGAGAAUAAGUACUACAGCGAGUUUAGUUUUUGGUUGCCGCUUGGCUAUAUUCUGGCUCUUGGUUUAUUUUUUACCGAGGACAGAGAAAGAGGGCCGAGAUUUUUAAAUCGUGAACAGACAGACGAAUGGAGAGGCUUGAUGCAGGCUGUCGUGUUAAUCUAUCAUGUUACCGGUGCUAAGAACGUCUUACCUAUUUACAUGUAUUUAAGAUUAAUUAAUUCCGCUUAUUUAUUUCUCUCUGGAUACGGACACUUUUGUUACUUCUGGCAAACCGGCGACGUCUCUUUAGUGAGAUUUGCUCGAGUAAUGUUUAGACUGAACUUCUUAACGGUCUCCCUAUGCCUUUGCAUGAACAGGCCAUAUCAAUUUUACCAUUUCGUUCCUCUGGUCUCGUUCUGGUUUUUAGUCAUCUAUUUCUUAGCGUGGCUUCCGCCAAGAAUAUAUUCCGGUAGUUUAAACGAGUACGGACCGCGAGCUUUGCUUUAUCUCGCAUUAAAACUUCUUGGUCUCGUAUCGAUGAUCACAAUAUUAUAUAUGUCAGAGGUAUUUUUUGAAAAAGUAUUCGUAACGAGACCAUGGAAAGCGCUAUUCGUUACAACCGAUGACGAUAUAAGGGAGUGGUGGUCGCGAUGGAGAGUCGACAGGUACAGCGUUGCCUGGGGUGUGACUUUUGGAGCAGGCCUUGUAGCUUUGCAAAGGCUGGAGCACAUUCCAGGAACCGCGUUCUCUACGUUGUUGGCAUUUAUCUCCUUGACAGCUUACACUACUUUUACUAUUCUGUGUCAUUCGGCCUCGGAGUGCGAAGAGAUUCACUCGUACGUCGCGUUUAUACCGAUCAUAGGGUACAUAGCCCUUAGGAACGCAUCGUUAGCAUUGCGCGGUAAACACUCAGCCCUUUUGGCUGGAUUAGGUCGCAUCAGUUUAGAAACUCUAGUCGCACAAGGCCACAUUUGGCUGGCGGCCGAUUCUCACGGGGUUUUGGUUCUAUUGCCUAGGUUCCCAGUAUUAAAUCUCUUAGUCACAUCGUUUAUCUUUAUAUGCGCAAGUCAUGAAAUACACAGAUUAACUCGAGUCUUAGCACCGUACGCUGUACCAAACGAUUGGAGACUGGUAGCUCGUAACUUGUUACUCUUUAUUGCAGUUCUUGUACCUAUUGGCAUUCAUGAUGGAAUGUUUUGAACAAUUUUUCAAUAAUUCAAACGAUUUACUGUACAGAUUAUUUUUUUUUACAUGUACAUAUCAUGUGUAAUAAAUGGAUAAGUUUGUACAAUUUUUUUAUCAAAGA